ACUGGGUUCCCCUUUUCUGCAGCUCAGAGCCUGGGGAAGUGAUUGCUCAAGGGGGGGCCGGAAGAACCCAGGUUUCCGUGUCUCCCGCCCCCCCAGCUGGUGGGGAGGGGCCGAGGCGGGACACCCUGUCGGCCCGCUCCAUCCGUCGGAUCUGGCAGCUUCUCAGACCUGCGAGUCGCAGAGGAGGCGCUGCCCCCCACCCCAACGGAUAGGGCCGGGCCGGCGCGAUCCAGAACCGCGGGAACCUCCUGCCACCGACUCGCCCCCGCUGCUGCGGCGCACGCCCCUUCGGCAGCCAGGGGAGGCCCAGACCGAACCUGGCCCCUCCCGCUCCCACCUCGCCGUUGGGUCGCUGACCCCCAGGUUGUGGUCAGGGUCCCGAGCCGGCACCACGGAGCCCGAGCGACGACCUCCACCCACCCAUGCCCACCGCGCAUGAGGCCGAGAAGCAGCACACAGGGCCAGAGGAGGCAGACCAGCCUCCCUCCAUGUCCAGUCAUGCGGGGCCCCCGGCUCCCCCCAGCCGCAACCCCUGCUGCUUGUGCUGGUGUUGCUGUUGCAGCUGCUCCUGGAGUGAAGGGCGGCGACCAGCAUGGCGGGCUUCCGGGGAGAGCAAGCUGCAGCCCCUCCCCAGCUGCGAAGCCUGGUGCACGCCAGGCCCUGAGCAGGUGCAGAGCUGGGCACAGUCCUUCGACAAGCUGAUGCACAGCCCCGCGGGCCGCAGCGCGUUCCGGGCGUUCCUGCGCACGGAGUACAGCGAGGAGAACAUGCUCUUCUGGCUGGCCUGCGAGGAGCUCAAGGCCGAGGCAAACCAGCACGUGGUGGACGAGAAGGCGCGGCUCAUCUAUGAGGAUUACGUGUCCAUCCUGUCCCCCAAGGAGGUGAGCCUGGACUCCCGCGUCCGGGAAGGCAUCAACAAGAAGAUGCAGGAGCCGUCCGCGCACACAUUCGACGACGCACAGCUGCAGAUUUACACACUCAUGCACCGGGACUCCUACCCCCGCUUCCUCAGCUCCCCCGCCUACCGUGCCCUGCUGCUCCAGGGGGACUCCCAGUCCUCCCAUGAGGCCUAGGCCGCCCCCCACGGCAGAGACUCAGGUCACCUUUCCCAUGCGGCAGCCGGUGUUGGCACACCAGGCCCAGCACCCUGAGGGCAGGCCAGGAGCUCUCCCCGCCCAAGGGGCGAGUGCCCUGAGGUCCUGCUAACAGGCAGGGGUGCUGGCCGGCCAGGGGCUCCUGCCUGGUGAGGGGCGGACCCUCCAGGAGGCAUCUCGGAUCCACCAGCCUCGAGAGGCCCUGGAGCCUGGAAAAGUGCCUUUGAUGGAAGAGACCUCUGCACUGUCCAGUGUGUGACGUGGCCAGACCUUCCAGCUGGAGCUGUUUGCUCCCCGGAAUCAGACCCAGAACCUCUGAACUAGGCUCAAGGUGACAGGAUCCAGUUUCUCUCUUUUAUGUUCAUUAACUUUGAAUCUGGAAACUUGUCCUCGCUGUAUUUUAUAAGGAAAAAAAGUUUUCAUAUUUAUCUCCAUUUCACCUCCCCCAAAAUAGGAUGUCUUGUUAUUGAAGAUACUUUUAAAGCAA